CUUAGGCAAACUGUAGAAAGCCCUAGCUUCUCAUAGUCCCGCCAAAAUGUGGUCUCCCCGUUCUUAUUUGUCUUCAACACUUUCCUAGAUUGAGAUGCAAGACGGCGACGUAUUAUUACUCACCGGCAUCGUGUAAGCUAUGACAGUUUCCAGUGCCUUCAACGCAUUCAAGUCAUCUAAAUCCAUCUUCUGGAAAUCCACUGGUAGGCUUCAGCAAACCAUAGCGGGAUGCAUAGAGCGGAAGGGGAAGGGCUUGCACAGUGGAAAGGUCUCCACGGUGAAAUUGUGGCCAGAGCUUGCCAGCAAAGGAAGGUACUUUGAUUUUCAGCCCAAUGUGAUUCGAGCUUCGAUUGAGUUUGCUGAGGAAUCGCCUCUAUGCACCACUCUCUGUAAAGAUGGGGUCAAAAUUCGAACGGUUGAGCACUUGCUUUCGGCUUUGGAAGCUAUGGAGGUUGAUAAUUGCCGGAUUGAGAUAAAGAACUCAGACCCCGAAGAUUGCGAUCUCGAGGUUCCUAUUUUUGAUGGGUCAGCAAGUGAGUGGGUAGAGGCUAUAGAACAAGUUGGCUUAAAAGAGGCAACAGAUCAUUGUGGCAACUGUUGUGAGAAGAUGGCAGCAUAUGUGAAUGAACCAGUGCAUGUGUGGAGGAAUGAUUCUUUUGUUGCUGCAUUUCCAUCACCAGAAAUUCGUAUCACUUACGGGAUCGACUUUCAACAGGUGCACGCUAUUGGCUGCCAGUGGUUUUCUGUGACCUCCUUGGAUAACUCUUUCUAUUCUAAGCACAUUGCUUUGUCAAGAACCUUUUGCAUUUAUGAGGAGGUGGAGCGAAUGCGGAAUGCAGGACUCAUAAAAGGGGGUGGAUUAGAAAAUGCACUUGUUUGUAGUGCUAGUAAAGGUUGGUUGAACCCACCACUGCGUUUUCCAGAUGAACCUUGUCGCCAUAAGGUCUUAGAUCUUAUCGGCGACACUUCCCUGUUUGCAAGGUUUGGCAGUCAAGGGUUUCCAGUGGCACAUAUAGUGGCAUACAAGGGUAGCCAUGCACUGCAUUCUGAUUUUGUUCGCCGGCUAUCAGGAAUUAUAUAAAAGGAUAAUGUCUUGGUCCUCUAUAAGUCAUUGUGAUGUAGCAAUAAUCCAGAAAUUCAGAUGCAGAAAUAUAGAAGUAGAUUACAGAAGUGGACCGGCAUAUGGUUUCAAGUUUCAACCUAAAAGUGCGCAUAUUACAGAAGUAGAUUUACCCCAGUAACUGCUUGUAAUUGAAAAUUGGCUUGGUGAAAAUGAUAUAAGGUUGUAUGCCUUCAAAUUGUAUAA